AUGUCUUUCAAUAAACACCUUUCCAACCCAUCCCGACCGGCACCAAGAGGUGCAGGACAAACAAACGGCAGUGGAGGUCAGGGUGGACCAUCCACUGGAUCUGCUCCCACUGAGGGACAGAGCCAGAUCCAGUCCACUAAUCUAGCAACCGCCACUAACAACGGCGGUUUAUCACAAAACACAGAAGCUCCUGUCCCAGUAGCUGCCCCCAGGGGCAAAGGCAAGGGUAAGAAGAACAAGUGGGCAAAGGUCAACUUGAAUGACAUUGCCCCAAUGGCAGGCCCCUCCAUUUCCGCACAGCCAAGCAUCAAGGGUAGAGGCCCAAACAAGAAGGAGCAAUCCUUUGGUCUUCUUGUGGAAGACAAUGUUGAAACAUCUCGUCGUCAUGAGGGUCCUCAUCGCGGUGUCAACAUCGACGGAGAAUCACUUGGCGAGAUUGCCGAUUGCUUGAAGAAGCUUGAUCUAGAGAAGGCUAGUAAGCCUUUGACUGAGUUUACAAUCUUUUCCAAGCUCACUCCUGAGCUUCGAUACAAGAUCUGGAACAUCGCAGCACGUUCCUCACCUCGCAUUCUCGAAGUCGUGUUGCAUCCAGACUUUCCCUGUCCACCAAAUGGCGAACCGGACUAUAUCGAUAGUUCCGAUCCCAAUGACUUAAGAAAUCACAAUCAUGGCACAUGGCACGUCUCCAAGCCUGGUCAGAAAGUUCCGGCGAUCUUGCAAGCCACGCAAGAAUCCCGUGCUGAAGCCCAACGAGUAUAUGAGAAGCGAUAUCUCAAUAACUUUCCGGCUAAUUAUCCAUAUCGCCAGAAUGAAGAGCGUCCCUGGACAUACUAUAACCCUUAUGUCGACGUCCUUUUCUUUGGUGACGGGGUGUGCAUUCUGACACUCGUCAACUUCUUCCGCUGCCAUUCCGAGGAAAUCUUCCCUCGGUUAGCUUUCCGAUGUGUCAACUUCAUCGGUACUUGUAAGUACAAAUGUACUUACGACACCUGGGAAUGGCCUCAAGGCGAGGAUGAGUAUGCCUGCAUUUGCGGAGCCGGCAUUGGCGGCGGUGGAAUCGAUGUGAUGGGCAUCCUUCACGGAAAAGACAUGACAAUUGCCCGGAACUCAUUAGUUCCUGGAGUCCCGAGUGUGGAGGAAGUGUUCUUUGUUGUCAAGACAGAGUGCAUGAAAUUCCCGGCUGGACAAAUGCCCAGCACCCUGACCUUCCGACCAGCAAUUCACAACGGUCUGACACAGAGUCAGCAGCAGAAGAGAACGGACUUCGAAGCCGAAGUUGUCAAGGCUCGGGCCGGAGAAGGCGUUCGUGCCUGUGGGGCCAACAGAUGGAACGACAAGCUUCCAGAUUUCAGCUUCGUCUCCUUGGCUCCUUCAUUGAAAGAUGGAAAGGGCAAAAUUCUUCAACACGACGCGGUCCAGGUGCCAACUGAGCACAUGGGCAAGUUAACCUAUCGGAGCAACGAGUUCCUCAACGAAUUGGCGGUCAAGGCCAAUCUCGAAAUCGUGCCUGCUCCAAAGGCUUACGUUGGCGAGAAGAAUCGGGAGAUCGGCCUGUAUAAUGGCACUGAGAAGGGCAUCGAAUUGGCAAAGGAAGAAAUCCAGAAGCAAUUGCUUAAGGAUUUCAACGCAAAUCGACGUGGUCCCAAUCAUCAAGGUGGUAACGAAAAUCGCGGUGGUUCUUGUGGCCGUGGAGGAUAUGGUGGUCGCCGAGGUCGCGGUCAAUAG